CAGCUUCAACAUUUGUCAAAUAUGGGAGUUUCCAAAUAAAGAUCCAUCUGGGACAUUUGGAGCUGAAUAAUAAGAUUUUACAGCAGUAUGAGCAUCAUUCAAAUGAAACCCAUUUCGAAAUCAUUGUGCCAUUCCUAGCACCAGUUGUGGCUUUUGAGUCUGUUCAGUUGGUUGGAAUCAUGGGAAGAAUUGAUGUGGAAAUGUACGAUUCUUUGAAUAACUGGAGCUUCAGAGAGUUCUCCCUUGCCUGCCCCUUUUUUGUAAUAUUGUCAGGUUGGUUUGUAUUUUACGUCGUGAUGAUGUCUUGUUGCUAUUUUACGAUUGUGAGUUUCUAUGUUGUUGUGCCAGAGUGUUUUUCUAAUGGAACAAUAACUGUGGUGCUUCCCAAACUGGAAUCGGUCCCACAUCUUCUUCCCGGUGAACUCUCUCUAAGAGGCCCGUCCUGCAAACCCUCCUACAGUCAAGACUACUACGCUUAUUUUCACUUUGGUGUCACCACUUGUGGAACCACGCGAAAGUUUGUUGAGGACACCAUGAUAUACGAGAAUGAAGUCACCUGGAAGAGCGAUGUACCUUUGCCAGAGACAGUACUCCCUGAUCAGGAAUACAGAUAUGGUUUACCAGCUCUUCUGUUAUGAUGGCGACUACCCUGUUUUAAAGUCUCUGAAACAG